AUGAUUCUGAUGCUCGAAAAACCGACCGAUGACUCAGUCGAAGUGGCGAUCGCAUUUCUGAAAGAAUGCGGAGCCAAGCUUCAAGAGAUUGCUCCGGCUGCUCUCAACAGUGUAUUCGACCGUCUCCGUGCCAUUUUGAUGGAAACCGAACGGUCAGCAAACGCAUUGGAUCGCCGUAUUCAGCUUAUGAUUGAAACUGCGAUGCAAAUUCUAAAGGAUAAGUUCGCGGUAAGUGUUCAUUCAAAUAGUUUAUCAACAUUAGAUUCCUAAUCAGUAACAUCUCGCAAGCUUCUUUUUAAAUAACUCAAGAAUUUGGAUAACUUUUGAUGUUCCCUCUCCGAUAACUGAAACUCUACGAUUUCCUCCGGCUUCUGCGUCGUUCCAUCGAGCUCUUUUGUUGUCCGUCUUCGUUCCGGCGACAGAAGUACAGUGAGCUCUUCAAUCGAUUCAGUCACUGCACACACGAAUCGGCGAAUCUUCUUGUAAUUCGUGUCCGUAGCAAUCAGUGAGACCUGUAAGAUCAACUCACUUUUUCAAUUUUUCAAUCUUCUACUUUUCGGUUCGAUGACGAUGAAGCAGCCAGUUCUAGUAAUUUAUUUUCAAAAAAUCCUUUCGUUACUGUAGGAUGACGGCGUCCAUGUGAUACAGCCGAUGAAACAAUUAAGAGAAAAUAAAUUGCAAAAUAAAUUGCAAAUAAAUUGCAGGCGUAUCCGGCGGUCAUCGACGAUUUGGAUCUGAUUGAGGAAGAGGAUCAAAUCAUCCACACGCUCAAUUUGGAGGACGAUGUCGAUCCAGAGAAUGGCCUCAGUGAGGAAGAGAAUGGAAAAAACGGUAUAAAGAGUAUAUUUUUCAGAUGUAUUCAAAUUGGAUCUAGAAUUCGAGAAGAAUGAGACUGUCUACGAUGAAAUUCGCAAAGAAAUCAUCGGAGAUGCUGACAUUUCGAGCGGCGAAGAGGAGGAAUCUGGAGAAGAGAAAGAAAGCAGCGAUACGGAGGAAGCUCCCAAAAGAACUAUUGAAAUAAUCGACAGUACUGAUCAGAAUCUGACUGCUUUCAGAAGGUAACAAAUGCUCAUCUAACCCAGAAAUGAAUCGGUAAUUACAGAGAAGUCUACUUGACUCUUCAAUCUUCGUUGGAUUAUCAAGAAGCCGCUCACAAGCUGCUAAAAUUGAAGAUUCCGGAGAACCUCGAGGUUUGUGACGCCCUAGAGACACCAGCUCACUCUUCCUAAUUUCAGAAUGAACUGUGCUCAAUGCUCGUCGAUUGCUGCGCUCAGCAGCGUACUUAUGAGCGUUUCUGCGGAAUGCUCAUCGAACGUUUCUGUCGCCUUCGUCUGGAAUAUCAGCAAAUGCUCGAGCAACUCUGCCGCGACACCUACUCCACAGUUCAUCGCAUUGACAUCACCAAACUGAGAAACUUGGCGCGUCUCACAGCCCACCUUCUCUCCGCUAGGGUUGGCAAUGGGGCGAGAAGAGGCGCCCCCUCGCCCCGCGGGUGAGGCGAGGGGGCGCCUCCUCGCCCCGGGGGUGAGGCGAGGGGGCGCCCCCUCGCCCCGCUAUUAAAUGUGUGUCUGAUUUCUUUUCGAACGUAUUGUGAAAAGAGCAGCAACGUAAUAACUGUAGUAACUGAAAGUGGGAAAGUUGUGACGUUUGUGCGUGUACACCCAAUUUUUUUUUCCAAAAUUUUCGGUACAUCCCGAGUUACACCCCUUCAAAGUUGGCCUGUUUUUUCCCCGGUCGGCGGCAGAGGAGGGGGCGGAGUCUCGCCUGCAAGUCCGCCCGGCGGACUCCGCCGCACGCGUUUUUCGCCUCUGUUUGGUGGCUGAAACCAAAGAGGCAACAUAUAUAUUGAAGAAAAAUUAUGUUCUAAAAAAGCAAAUCAUCUUUCAAGGUCAAAAGUUUCGAACCCGACACCUCCAGACUGCCGAGUGAGCACUCUGCCACUGCGCUAAUCGGGCGAAGGCGCGCCGACCGCCAAUGGCGUCGAAAAGUUCGGUGUGCGCGGCCCCCCUUCUAAUGGUGAAAUUAGUGCUUUUGCGGGCUGAAAUCCAAAACAUGGAUUUCAUGUUUCAUGUUCAUGUUGGAAAACAUGGAAAACAUGGAUAGCGUGGAUUGGUCGGAAAUUUUAUGCUGAAUCCGAUGGUGUAAAAAUUGGCCGCGUGUACGGUACUUCUGACCCUCAAAUCCCCCGAAAACUAAAAUUUUGACCAAACAAGCGGAAAUCGGGAGAAAAUUCGUCAGGCCACGCCCCCUCCUUUGCGCCCCCUAACUAUAGGAAUAAAAAAACAUAACAAAAAUUAUAUGUACUGUGUUUUUUUCCUUGUAUAGAACAGACGUAUUUAUUUAUCAAAUGUUGGAAAUCCCAGAAUACUGCUGAAAAAUACCCGUUUUUUGAAAAAUUUAGCUUUAUCCACGGCGUGGGGGCGCCCCACAAAUGGGGCGAGGGGGCGCCCCCGCGCCUCACCCGCGGGGCGAAGGGGCGCCCCCUCGCCCCAUUUGUGGGGCGCCCCGCCGAAGCGGGGCGCCUCGUUGCCAACCCUACUCUCCACUGACGCAAUUGACUGGAACAUUCUCUCCGACGUUAAGAUGACUGAGGAAGACACGACGUCUGCUGGCAGAAUCUACAUAAAAUACAUUUUUGUGGAACUCGUCGAAGCGAUGGGAAUGAUCAAGCUGCACAAUCGAGUGACCGACCCGUAAGAGAUCCCUUCCGUCGCCUUCCAGUUUUCUGUUUUUCUUUUCAGAACCUUGGCACAUUGCUUCGCUGGACUUUUCCCACGUGCCAAUCCACAAAGUGCGAGGUUCUCCAUCAAUUUCUUUGCAAUGAUCGGACUUGGAGGACUGACGUAAUUCAUUCAGAAUGCUUAACCAUACAUAACAUUGCAACCAUUAUAGACUGGAACUUCGCGAGUGGCUCGGGAAGCGGCUCAAAACGAAGAAAGAAGUGAUUGAUGAGAUGAAGCAAAACGACGCUUCAUCGUCGUCGUCUGAUUCUUCCUCCGCCUGUUCUGACUCUUCGGAUUCUGAUGACAAAUCACCCGAUUCGUCAUCCUCCUCUCACUCGGACUCUUCUGUCGAACCCAAGAAAAAGAAGAAGAAGCUGGAUGUUGACGCGAAGAAAUCCCUAAAAAGAAAGGAGAAUGACGGAAAGAGCCGAGGAGGCGAGAAGGAAAUGAGACGCAGAGAGGAGAAGCCUCUGCCGCGACGAUCUGACGAUCGAAGAUGA